CAGGCAGCCAAGCACUAUUGACGUCAACCAACGCGGAAGUUACGUCCUAAAUCUAGGCGCAUAUGCAUUUUGUUCACUUGUUAAACGCAAACAUUUUUAAGCUAGAGUUCUGUCAUUGUCAGAAUACACUAACUAAGGUGUGCUAGUGGGAGUUAUGUCGUCCAGUGGAGAAAUAGUGCUUCGGGCCGUGGAGACGCCGCUCUUCUGGCUUGGAGCUAUCACCGCGGCCUGGCUGUCAGUGUGCUCCGUGUGCCGGCUACUAGCCGGGAUCAAGGUGUGGGUGUUGGGUAACGGGCGGCUUGUAUCACCCGAUAAACUCGGCAAGUGGGCAGUUGUAACAGGAGCAACAGAUGGAAUCGGCAAAGCCUACGCUGAAGAGCUGGCACGCAGGGGCUUUGCCAUUGUACUCAUUAGUCGCUCUCAAGAAAAGCUGGAUGAAGUGUCCAAAGCAAUUGAAAGCAAAUGCGGCGUGAAGGCAAAAACCAUUGCAGCAGACUUUAGUUCAACAGAUAUUUACGCAAAGAUUGCAGAUGGACUUGCAGGGCUGGAGAUUGGUGUAUUGGUGAACAAUGUUGGAACAUCCUAUUCCUACCCAGAAUUCUUCCUCAGCAUCCCCAGUCUUGAUACUUUUAUUGACACCAUGGUCAAUGUCAACAUAACAUCAGUGUGUCAGAUGACACGCCUUGUUUUGCCUCAAAUGGCUGAAAGGAAGAAGGGCGCCAUCCUCAACAUCUCCUCUGCCAGUGGAAUGUACCCCGUUCCUCUGCUUACUGUCUAUUCUGCAACAAAGGCAUUUGUGGACUUCUUCUCACGAGGACUGGAAGCUGAAUACAAGAACAAAGGGAUUAUCAUCCAGAGUGUUCUGCCUUUUUUCGUAGCAACGAAACUGAGUAAAAUCCGAAAGGCCACUUUGGACAAGCCAAGUCCGGAGCGCUACGUCGCUGCUGAGCUCAACACUGUGGGCCUCCAGACCCAAACCAACGGCUACCUGCCUCAUGCCAUCAUGGGUUGGGUGAGCACAGCUCUGCUCCCUGCCAACAUCCUCAGCAGACACCUGAUGGGAAUGGGUUUGUCCCAGCGUGCUCGUUACCUCAAGAAGCAGAAGCAGGGCUAGCUCAGCGGUGGCCGGGAGUGGAAGCAGAGCGGACCAGCGGUGCUCAUGCCUCGUCUGACUAGCAGCAUCAUCAUCAUCAGCGCGGACCAAGAAGAGCAAACCCCGACAGUUGCUGGGAACCAAAUCAGUUUCCCUCCCCAUAGAAACGGCAAGUCAUAGAUGAUGCAAGGCAGCUUGUGGCCUCAAUCUGUGAUGUGCAUUAGUCAUCCGCUUUAGUCAGCUAAUUGCAUAUUCUCAUGUCUGUGUUAAAUCCUAACAAAGCACGUAACAAUGCGUUUAAAGGUUAAUAUGGGUGUUAUCUACCACUUCCGCGUCCAAAUCAUGUUUUUUUGUUUAACUUUAUAUGUAAUGGACUACAAAGGUAAAAUGUUUGUUUUUUUUUAAUUGUCUCAACCUGCAUUGAAAUUUUACAUCUAAAACACACCAGUGAAAACGUAAAUCAUGUGACUCACUCAGUGACCACAGAAUUAGGUACACCUGGAUCUAAUGAGGUCCAAUACAAGAGACCUGUCAUUAUUCAGAUAUACCUAAAGCUGUGGCUCGCAAGUGUAUGUGCAUAUGUCUUGCGAGGAGUUGUGCUAUUAAAUCACCCUGCAGAUUGCGAGCAGGAAGUAAGCCGCAUGCAUAGUUGUCCGUCUCCUUUCUGCGGUGUGAUUGUAUUAACAUACCAGUCAUGUCCUCAAUGCAUGAGUAUUGUCAUUAUGGAGAACACUUGUAUAUUACUCACUUAUAAUCUUUUUAGGGUUUGGCUGUGGUGUAAGCAAUUAAAACGUUUUUGAAGAGUUA